GACAUAGCGGAGUACCCACGAUCUGAACUAGAGAGGGGCAACUCAUAGUUGUGCAACAAUAGCACGAACAGCGAAAUAGUUUUAAGUUAAUCGUGACAGAUGACUUUAAGAUCUAAUCUAGUCACAAUAUUCACUAUUCAAACCGAUACUAAAUUGCUAUGUUUGCAUUAUACGAAUCUUUCUGAAAAUAAAGACAAUAGUCAGGAGCCGAAAAUGAAUCUUCCGUCAGUGUCCUUUUUACCAGUCUUGUGGAACAUUGUAUUUUGUCAACGUAACAAGCAAUGUCACAAUUUGCAAAUCAACAUAUUAGUUUCAAAUGCACUUACUGGAUUCUCUGUGGUAUUUCCAAACGAGAAAGUUGCCUGUAUAAACAUAUCUGGAUAUAAAUUAUUUUUUUUCUUACAUCCAGAAUCUGCAAAGGAAGUGUUAAGAAGCAACAGUUUAAUCAAUAAGGAUUCUUUUUACAAUUUCUUUAAGCCACUUCUCGGAGACAACAGUCUUCUGUACAGUCCUGACGAUAACUGGAGAAGAAGAAGAAGAUACUUAGCUCCACAUUUUCAUCUUCGAAAUGUGAAAGAUGAUCAAAAUGUAUUUAUGGAGCAUUCAAAUGUCUUAGUGGAAAAACUCAAACAAUUGCAGGAAAAUGAAAUAUUCGAUGUCCUAAAAUGGAUGAAAAAUUGCACUCUCGAUAUUAUUGCAGAUAUAGCAGUAGGAGUUUCUCUACAUUCUCAGACUAACGACAAUCAAGAAUAUGUUUCCGCAAUGCAUAGAAUUCUGAAAUAUUUUCCUGAAUGGAUGGUGAGUCCAAUGUACUGGUUUUCUCCAGUUUUCUUCAUGAGUAAAAUGGGAAGAAAUUACAAGAGAGAUAUUGAAAUAAUUCAUCGUUUCGACGAAAAGGUAUUCAAGAGAAAAAAAGAAAACUUUGUAAAAAAAAUGCAGCAGCAACAUUCAUUAGACAAUGAAACACGUAAUGCAGAGGAUCCAAAAAUGAAAACAAAACAGUGUAUUAUCGAUUCACUGUUGAAUCUUCAAGUAAAUCAAGGUUUAAUGUCUGAAGAAGACGUUAUAAGAGAUAUGGAAGGUUUCAUUUUCGCGGGUUACGAUACAACCGCCCACGCCAUGUCAUGGACUCUCUAUUUCCUGGGAAGAUUUCACGAAAUACAAGAGAAAGUGUAUCUAGAAUUACAAGAAAUUUUUGAAAAUGAUAUGAACAGAGAUAUUACUAUCGAUGAUCUGACGAAAAUGACGUACUUGGAAUGCGUGAUUAAGGAGUCGAUGAGAAUCUAUCCUCCUAUUCCUGGUAUUGCAAGAAAAAAUUCUUCCGAAAUGAAAAUAGGUAAUUACGUGUUGCCUGCAAAUUCGACUCUUCUCAUAAAUAUCUAUGGUAUCCAUCAUAAUCCUUCUGUUUACGAAAAUCCCGAAGUUUUCGAUCCAGACCGUUUCCUACCUGAAAACUAUAAAUUGCUUCAUCCUUACGCAUUUCUGGCAUUUUCUACCGGUCCACGAAAUUGUCUCGGAAGUAAACUUGCCAUGAUUGAAAUGAAAAUGGUUUUGGCAAAUGUUCUUCGUAAUUUUAAAGUCUACUCUUUGGAUCCUCAGGACAAAAUCGUUAUUUCAUACGCAGUUAUGUUGACCCCAAUACCGGGUAUAAGAAUGCGUGUAGAAAAAAGACGAAUGUUGUAAGAUAUUUACUAAUAUGUAUAGUACGUUUGGGUAAUUUUUGUUUCAAAUAUAUAUCAAUAUUAACAUUGGCCUAUAUCACAUAAUCUCGGCGAAUGAAUUUAGAAACUGUAUCGAAACAAUUAUACUUUUAUUCAACAUUACUCAUUUAUUGUAUUUCAUAUUAAAUUUGCUUUACAUUAAUACUAUUUUUGUUGUUUAUUGCAUUUUAUUCAUUUAUCACAUUAAUCAUUUCUCAUAUUUAAUUUUACGUAUAUUAAACUGUUGUUAACAAUAUACUAGCUGUAUCGUAUGAAUUGGGCCAAACAUAAAUAAUUUACUUUUAAUUUUUAAUUA